AUGUCGCAACUUGUCGGCAAGACCCGUCUCGCCUACUCGCGCACAUGGCACUAUGUCGACGCCGGUUCUGAUGAACGCUCCCUCGGCCGUCUGGCCUCGUCGAUCGCCCUCGUCCUCAUGGGCAAGAACAAGCCCAUCUACGAUCCCUCGACAGAUUGUGGUGACUACGUGGUAGUUGUCGGAUGCCAUGACCUCAAGACGACAGGAAAGAAGCGAUUCCAGAAGAAGUACUACACUCAUAACACGCGGCCCGGUAGCUUGAAGAGCAUGACGAUGGAUCAGAUGUUUGCUAAAUGGGGUGGUGGUGAAGUCCUGCGUCGCGCUGUCAGGGGCAUGCUGCCCAAGAACCGUCUUCAGGAUUCCCGCCUAGCUCGCUUGAAGACUUUCGAAGGCGUUGCCCACCCCUACAAGGAGAACAUCGUCAAGUUCGGAAACCAAUCGGUGAUCGGCAACCUACCCGAAGUGCAGGAGGCAUUCAAGGUGGCCGCUACCAAGCCCACUGCAUAG